UUUGCCAUUUUUAGUGGCUGAAACGGUGAGAAAAGAAAACUGGAGUCCAUAACAAACGGCCAGUUGCUUGCAAGCUUUGCGCAAGCCAACAACCAUCAUUCGACGUCUUACUUUUGCCUUCCCUCUCUUCAUCAAGUUUCAAAAGGUUCCAAACUCUUUUUUGUUUUGUUUCUUCGUUUCGUUUUUCCUCCUGUUCCUCGUCAACCACACUCAGGGUUAUUGAACUCCAUUGAAUUUUUUUUGUAUGCCUCAUAUGGUGUCUUUAUCUUGUUCUGUUUCAUUCAUGCCUCUGUUGGGUUUUUGAUUCCCAUUUCUCUUCGACAUGUGCGGCAGCUAGAAUGUUUCUAUAUCUCCCAGCUAUAUUUGUUCUUUCAGAGCUGAUUUAAUAUGACGAUGAUGGCAAUGAUGGUUUAUGAAAAAAAUUGUGAUAUACUGAAUCCGAAUCAGUAUAAGAAAAUUGGGAUAUAUACUAACUCAAAUCUUAAGAGAGACUGUAGGGUGUUAUCAUCUCGAAGAACGUAUUGAAUAUUUUUUUUUUUUAGGUUCAGAUGAUGUCAGAAAACGUCAUGAGCCCCUGGGGUCAAACUUCCGGGUUUCUGACGAGCUCAUUUCUGGAAUCAUCCAGAUGAUCAUGUCUAGAUAGAGUUGCAAAUUGAUCAAUUGUGAUGGCAGGCAGUAGGUGAAUUUUGAUCUGGGUUUCUCAUGAAACAGUAAGAUUUGGAUUAAGAUUCUAGAAGCAUCAAGGGGCAUUUUUUAUUUUUCCAAGUUUGGAAUUGGUUUUGAUGGAGGCUCCGGCGAGGCAGCAAAGCUUCCGCCGGAAGAACAUCACUAAGCAGUUGACGGGAAAACGGGAUGAUACUUCAUUACAUUCUGCAGCAAGAGCGGGAAAUUUGGAAUUGGCUUUAGAUAUUCUUUCCAAGUGUGAAGAUGCGGAGGCGUUGAAGGAAUUGUUGUCUAAGCAGAAUCAAUCAGGUGAAACUGCUCUUUAUGUUGCUGCUGAAUAUGGUCACUGUGAUUUGGUUAAGGAGAUGAUGGAGUACUAUGAUGUCUCCUCUGCUGGUAUCCAAGCAAGAAAUGGCUACGAUGCCUUCCACAUUGCUGCCAAGCAAGGGGACUUGGAGGUCUUGAAGGUCCUCAUGGAGGCCAUUCCAGAAACUUCCAUGACUGUUGAUCUAUCAAACACUACAGCAUUGCACACUGCUGCAGCACAAGGUCAUAUUAGUGUAGUCAGUUUCCUCUUGGAGAAAGGCAGCAGUCUGGCCAACAUAGCAAAAAGCAAUGGAAAAACCGCCUUGCAUUCUGCUGCUCGGAAGGGGCAUUUGAAGGUUGUGAAGGCCCUAUUGAGCAAAGAGCCUGGAAUUUCAACAAGGACUGAUAAGAAGGGCCAGACAGCUCUCCAUAUGGCAGUUAAGGGACAAAAUAUUGAAGUGGUGGACGAGUUGAUGAAGUCAGAUCCUUCUUUGAUAAACAUGGUUGAUGCCAAGGACAACACUACAUUGCAUGUAGCUGUCCGGAAGUGUCGGGCUCAGAUAGUUCAGCAGCUACUAAGUCACAAAGCAACUGAUACAGAAGCCAUCAACAAGUCUGGGGAAACUGCUCUUGACACAGCAGAGAAAACUGGGCACGCUGAGAUCACAACCAUACUUCAGGAGCAUGGAGUCAAAAGUGCUAAAUCCAUCAUGCCUCCGACAAAAAACAAGGCCCGAGAACUCAAACAAACUGUAAGUGACAUUAAGCAUGAGGUCCAUCACCAGCUCGAGCACACCCGCCAAACACGUAAACGUGUGCAGGGUAUAGCCAAGCGGAUCAACAAAAUGCAUUCAGAAGGGCUCAACAAUGCAAUCAACUCCACCACAGUUGUAGCUGUCCUCAUUGCCACUGUUGCUUUUGCAGCCAUUUUUAAUGUUCCAGGCCAGUAUGCUGAUGAUCCAGAGCAUGUCCCUCCUGGGCUCUCUCCUGGAGAAGCGAACAUUGCCCCUAGAACUCCCUUCAUGCUUUUUUUCAUCUUUGACUCCCUUGCCCUAUUCAUAUCUCUGGCUGUUGUGGUGGUUCAGACUUCAAUUGUGGUCAUAGAGAGGAAGGCAAAAAAGAAAAUGAUGGCUAUUAUUAACAAACUAAUGUGGUUGGCUUGUGUGCUGGUCUCUGUGGCCUUUCUUUCACUUUCUUAUAUCGUUGUUGGAACCAAGGAAAGGUGGUUGGCUGUUGGAGUAACUGGAAUAGGGACUGUGAUCAUGGCAACAACGUUAGGAACAAUGUGUUAUUGGGUGAUUGUGCACCGGAUCGAGGCUAAAAAGUCGAGGAGCAUUCGAAGGUCAACCAUGAGUAGUAGGUCCCGUUCAUCUCCUAUGUCAGUUAUGUCAGAUUCCGAGAUCCUGAACAAUGAGUAUAAGAAACUCUACGCCAUUUGAGAUAGACAUUAAACAUGUCCUUUUUCCCCUUGUUAGGCACUCUACAUCCCCCUUUAUCAGGUGUAUAUGUCCUAUGUAACAUAUGUAACCUUUCCUUUCUCAUUGAAGUUGGCUGGCUAUUGUUUCCACCAGCAUGAGCUAUGUAAGUGAAGGUUAUAGAACAGUAAGCUUCUCAUUUUAAAAUUCACAGAGAAACAAAUUAGUCAA